AUGGCCAACCCCCAGGAAGCACGGGAAGUAGUUGACAGGCUCGGCCUAACGUAUGCGCGUAUGGACUUUGACACCCAGUUCAGACUCUCUCUCCUUGCGAAGCAUGUUCCCGACAGUGGCGCUCGGUUCAUAUUCGAACUUCUGCAAAAUGCAGAUAACAACAGGUUUGGCAAGGCAAACAGUAAAGGUGAAGUGCCAUUUAUUCGGUUCAAAGUGUGGCCCGACAAGAUCAUUGCCGAAUGCAAUGAAGACGGUUUCACUGCGGAAGAUGUAGAAGCACUGUGUGCUGUGGGCAAGAGCACAAGGACCACUAUGCAUGGGUACAUUGGCGCCAAGGGCAUCGGCUUUAAGUCUGUCUUCAUCGCGGCAUCGAGGGUUCACAUCCAAUCCGGCCACUUUUCUUUUGAAUUUAAGCGCAACUCGGACGACUCUGGCCUCUUCAUGGUUUUACCUAGUUGGAGAGUACCAGAAGUAACCACAUUUGGCCCAACGACCCGAAUGACGCUAUGGCUACACACUGACGGCAAUGCCGAGCAGAUAACUUUGCGCAAUGCUUUUCUCAUGAAGCAGAUUGAUGACCUUGAUGUUAUCUGUCUUUUGUUUCUGAAAAACCUGGGAAGCAUUAGUGUUGAGCAGUACGAUGGCAAGGGCGAAAGUGUCAGACGGCGGAGCUUCACGAAACGAAACUUGCGCGCCAAUCGUAUAGCCCUCAAGACGAUACUAAGUGAGGGCGGACACGUUACAACUCGCAGCCACUUCUAUCACGUCACACGGCAGAACGCAGCAGGGUUACCCUUCAGCAGCAAUUGGUAUAUGCAAGCGUCGCCGGACAACUCAAGGACGGAAACAACAGCAGAUGUCGUCCUGGCAUUUCCUCUUUCUGCAGAAUCUCAACCAGUCACAGACGAACCUCAGCAUCUGUUCGCCUUUUUGCCAAUCAAGAAAUCAAACUACAAGUUUUUGAUUCACUCCGACUUCGACACGAACAUAGAUCGCAAUGACAUCCUAGUUUACUCGGAAAGAAACCACAGCCUUCUCGAUUGGAUCACCAAAGCAUUCACACGCGCAGCGCUACAAUUUUCUGAAGAAGAAGCAAUGAGAUACAAGUGGCCGGUGUUCCUUCCCACAGAUGAGGGUAGGGCAAGCUCGUAUUGGUCAAAGCUUGACAGAAUGAUUCAAGAAAGCAUCAAGUCAACACCUUUGUUCAAGUCGCGACAAGGGGCGCACUUCCGGAAAAUACAUGACUUGGGAAGGAUCCCUGAAAAUGCAAUCAUCCCAAAUGGCGAGCCCAUUAUUCAGAGCAGGACAACAGACGUGUGGCUGUCUGAUAAAUAUACUGAGGAGGCUCUAGAGAUACUUGGCACGGAAUACUAUGGGCUGCAGAGAUUUGGCGCUGUACUCAUGGAUCUUUUGAAGGAAGACACUAUGAGCGACGAUUCGAGGAUGUAUUCCAAAGCUACAAGUGCGGAAUGGCAUUCGCUCGUCGCUGAAAGCCUUCUAUACGAAAGUUCUGCAUACGAAGGCUCGGCAAAACUGCACCACCUGGCCAUAAUCCCACUGCGAGGAGGAGAGUGGGUAACGAGCGAGAAGCAAUUUUUCUGGCCUUUCAUUGGAUCGAUUACAAUUCCGACAGAAGUCAACCUUCCAAUACUGGACCCUGCCGCUGUGGCAGAUCUCUCGCGCAAGAGACUCUUCCAACAUCUGGGUGCCAAAUUUGCUACUGUGGCUCAGGUAACAGAGCUCAUCUUUUCAGGAUUCAAGCGCGUCGUCAACUUUGUGUCACUUGAGUGCGCAGUCGAACGCCUUCGUUUCCUGUAUAUGACGAGCCCCCCCGAGACCUUGGGCGACACGUCCAACCCGGACAUGUAUCGGGGAAAGGUAUAUCUAUUCAAUUCUCGACUAGAACGAGUUUGGCCGCAUACACAAGAGAUCUAUAUUUCUGGCGAAAAGCAUCCAUACCAUCCACAGGUUCUGCUCUCAGGCACUAACACGCACUUUGUCGACUACGUACACCCAUUUAUGCUUCGUCACCAGCCGCAAAGACCUUCACCCCGACAUUUAAUGUGGGUGGAGUGGCUGCACGAAUUUCUCUGUGUCCGCUCUCGAGUCAGUCUUUUCAAUGACAGCCUCACAGACAUCUCAGAAGCUGCUAGACAUGUGCUUUUCUAUAAGCCUUUGACGUUCCUCGUCUUCUUGGAAUAUCUCUGGAAGCAGUUACCUGAGAACGCCAAGACAGAUCGCGCAAAAGCUAUUGUUCGCGGUCUUGAUGUCAGGACCAUAUGCGGGAAACGCCGAAGGCUAACUUUGCAGUAUACCUGGCUCCCGACGCCCAAGUUACACGAUGUUCUCUCCCGAUAUAUGGAGAAUCCGGGUGAUUUCAAGUCUUUCCUUCGAAUCGAAGGCUUCAACGCCUCCACUAACGCGCCGGUAUCAAAAUGGAGUUUCCUGUGUCGGGACUUUUCUGUCGAUAACGAGAACAACUUAAGAUUUCUCGUACAUAUCCUUGAAGAUCUCAGCAAUUCUCCUCGAGUAUCUAGGAUUCAGUUACAGAAGCUUUGCAAGCUGUACUCGGCAAUCUACGACAGGUUUGUGCUAGCUAAGGAUCAAGUUCAAGCAAAAGAAUCCUUGGUGAACUGUUUCUCAUACCCGCGAAUAUACCUUCCAGGCGAUAAUACACGGCGGAGAAGAGCAAACGACGAAAUUGGAUCUUCUGUUUCACAAUACUCUCUCGAUUGCUCCAGUGUCUGGUUCAGAUAUUGUUGUCUUUCAGAAGUAAAAGAUGCUAGAGCAUAUAGCGGAAUAUUUAGAUCUGAGGCCCUCAUAUAUGCGGAAUGUCAAGGCCGUUGGGGCUGGCAUACGAUCACAAGCUGCAUGUGGUCUAGCGAAGCCGAGAAUCCAAGCAUAGCCAUACUUGACAAGCAUUAUAAAGGUCUUGAAACCCUUUUUGUCGACGGCCUUGGGGUGUCGAACCUCACUGUACCAAUGCUGUUAGACGGUCUGCACAACACUUCAUUCCUGAGCGUUGGCACCCCCCAAGCCAGGCUUUUUGCCAUCAACCAUGUCCUAAGAGACGCAAAAUACUUGGACCCAUCUUUACUUCGCCAUACCCAGAUCUUCCCCAUCAACCACCCAUGGGAGGAAGUCAUCGUUAAUAAAGCCUGUGAAUUUGCCAUACCCGACAGUGCAUAUUUGAGGCAGCGCUUUAGCGACAGUUUGAUUUUGUUAAAAUUAAGCUCGGCGCAAGUCCAAACAUUAAAACCACUUUUUACCUGGUUAGAGCUGGAUGACAGAUAUUUGUCUAAACAAGUCAAAACAAUCACAUCUGUGGAUGAUGUGUCGGAGCCAUCGUCUCCAUCGGCGACCCGUAACAUGCGGCGGAGAGCCCAUCACUUCUUUCGUAUUGCAGCAGCUUUCAACAGCCCGCGUUUCUCAGACGACUCCGCUGAGCUUCUCCAGCAGCUGCGUAACGUGUCUGUCAUUGAGACGGACAAGAUUGUCGAAAAACUUACCGUGACGCAGAACGGGGGGCGUGUCACUCUGAAGAGGAAGGCAGGCGGCGCGUAUAUCAACGACAAUACUAUAUACGUACCCAAACAGACGAAGAAACAGAUGAGGGAGCAGAUAUCUUGUGCCAAUUCGGCUCUGCCUGAGGCCUACGCUGAGUGGCUGAUGCGAGACCUAAAGAGGGACCAGCCGCAUGAUCUUGAUAAUCAGCUCAUCGUCAAUAUCUCUCUCGUUCUCGGCGCCUUGCGAACCUCGGGGUUGGAUGAGACACUUGAUAAUCAACGCCUCGCCCGUGUUGCUCUCCCAUUCGGCCAUUUCCCUUUGCCGACAGAGAGUGGCGAUAGUGACUGCAGCGACGAGGGCGACUUACAAUCUUCGGUUAACAUUGAGUCAGCGCAGAGCACUGUGUCGAGGCAGCCGUUCACGUUUCAGCUUCGACAGCCAGUCCUGUCACCAGGGCGGACCAACGCAAAUUCCAAGUCUUCAAUCAUUCCAGAUUCUGGACAUGAGGCGGAUAAGUGA